AUGUCCGAGCCUCGGGGGGCCGCUCCUGCCGCCGCCAGGGCCAGCGAAGCGCUGGAAGAUGGGGCUGGGGGACACUUCGAAGGCGUAGCCACCCUCACGGCCUUGCGGGCCAAGCUCGGCGAGGGGGGCGAGGCCGCCAAGGCGCUCGCAGCAGAGGGCCCGUGGGAGCGGCUCAAGGCGGCACUCGCCAAGUGCGACUACGGCGAGGACGACGCGGCGGACCUCCGCAAGGACCUCCGGACGCUGGGCGGCCGCGGUUUCCUGAAAGGAGUACCCGCCGACCUUGGCCCGCGCGGCCGGGCGGCCCUCCAGGAGAUGGUGGCUGUGCUGUCUGAGAGCGGCCGCGGCCCCCGCAACCUUGCGGGCCCGCCGGGCUUCUGGGGAGAGGCCCCUGGCGGCGCCCCGCCCCCCUUCGACGCGCCGCCGGCGGAGUGGCGCGGGGCCGGGCCAGCCGCCAGCGCAAGUGGCAACUUGUUCCUCGGCAAGGUGGGGGCCGCGGCGGCCCAGCAGGACACCGAGGCCCUCGAGGAGCUCGCCUCCCAGUGGGGCCCGACGGUCCAGCUCCGCACCCUGGCGAAGCAGUCCAAGCAGGGAGAGCCGCUGCGCUCCCUGGAGCCGGACGAGGCUGCCCUCCGCGCGGCCGCGUCGGCCCGCAAGGCCGGGCGCUUCCUGGCUUGCCCAGAGCCUAAGACGCCCUGCCGCGAACUCCCUCGCCUCUGGGCCGCCGCCCUAGAGCGCAGGGUGUCGUGGGGGGGCGUGCUCAACUACGGCGGACAGGUGGCCGCCGCCGCCAACGACAAGGCCGUGCCGCAGCACGUCGCCGAGCAGGCCGCCGCCUUCAACUCUUCUCGGGUGCUGUUCGAGGCUUACUCGAGCAGCAAACGGGGGGAGGGCGACGAAGAGGGCCGGGGCAACGCCAGCUCCGUCCUCGGCGAGCUCGACUGGAGCCGCCUCACCCGCUGCCAGACGGAGGUCAAGCAGGCCGGCGCCGCCGCGCCCGCCGCGUCCGCGGCCGCUGGCCAGGGCGGCCUGGCGUUUCCGUGCCGGCGCUUCCUCUUCGGGCAGUGCCCGAAGCAGGAGGCCUGCCAGUUUCGCCACGGGUGCCCUUUCUGCCGCGCCACAGGCCCGGGCUCGCACAAGUGCCUGGUGGGCCACCUCGAGCAGAACGGCUUCUCGCGCAGGGGCGGCAGCGGCGGCAAGGGCGGACCCGAGGACGGCCGGGGCGGCGCGCCGUCGCCCGCCGCGGCAAGCUCGGCGCCGCUCGAGAGUGAUGCCCUGCAGGGUCGCCCGCUGGCGCCUGCGGGGCUGAGAGCGAGUGGCGUGGGCGAAGCCUUCGCCGUUGCCCGCGGUUGGGUCGCCGACUCCGCAGUGGCCGUCCACCCGCGGGGCGCCGUCGCCACGGUGCCUUCGCGGGGACUGCCGCCCGCGCAGCACCUGCGGGUGGCCCUGCAGUUGGCCGCCGCAGGAAGCCACCCGCUUCAUCAGCUCCCGGUGAUAGCAGAGGGCACGGCGUGCGCGUUGUCAGCGCAAUUUCGUUGCGGCGCAGGCAUCAACGAGGUGCGCCUGAAACGGCUGGCCUUGUUAAAAGUGUGGAAGCGGGAACUUGAGGUCAGCCAGCAAAGCCUGGCCGCCUCGGUGGACCCUGCCCUCCGGGGGUUCGCUAGCGAGCCCACCCUUCUCUUCCUCCGCCUCCUGCGCCUCAUCGGGUCCCCGGCGGUGCAGUUUUUAGAGAACAUGCACCGGGGCCUGCCCGACACGGGGGUGCCGGCCGCUUCUAGCAUUUUCCCUCCGCUCCCGGCAGCGGCGUCGGAGUGGUCGGUCGAGCAGCUGCUGGCGCACUCCGCCGGGCGCAACGCAGAGCUGGUUGAUCGCGUGCGCAGGGGUCGCCCGCGCGCGGCCGAGGUCUGGGAGCAGGGCGCCCGGGCGGAGGCCACUGGCUCGCUGGGGCCCGCCUGGCCUGUUGAGCACUUCCAAAGCGGCGCCGGCGGCGGGGCGAAUGUCGUUUUCUGCCGCAAGUUCGCCGUCUGCCAAAAACGGUGGUCGGAGGACGAGUCCGGCCAGGCGUCUUGUUCCACGGAAAUCAGGGCGUGCGCCGACGCAUCCGACUCGCCAGGCGGUUGCUUCUUUAAUUUAACUUGGGCGGCGGCCGAGCGCAUAGUGUGUUCAGACAGCGAGGUGAUUCUUGCACAGAUGGUCGCCUCGCAGAGAGCUUUCGGCGUGCCCCCAGUGGGGUGCAAAGAUGAUUUGCGCAAGGCUUACCACCAGGUCGGGCGCCGCCGCGACCCAGUCAGGGUGGUGCAACUUUUCUGGCACCCUCGCGACAAAUGCGUGGUCGGCCGGGAGCUGCUGUCCCAGGACUUCGGCACAG